GCAGGGGCGGAGGGACAGAGAGAGAGGAAAGGGAAGACGGGGUUUAUUCAAAUGACGCUGGGGAGUGGGAAGUUUCAACGGUACUCUCUGCUUCACGCACGCAAACAAGACAGAAGAUUACCCAAAACACAUACGCCAAGAGGUAAGAUGCUGCUCCCAACAAGCAUGCUAAUUGGCCUGCUGUGCCUGAGCCACGCAGGCGCUGCGAUGAGUUUCGCUUGGCUGCCGGACAACGAUGAACUACGGUCAGCUUUCUCGGUGGCUCGGACCAACAGCAUGGAAGGUGGACCCAAGAUGACGGUGACCUUUGACACGGUCUAUGUCAACAUUGGUGGGGAUUUUGACCCAAAGAUUGGCUUGUUUCGCUGCCGCAUCCCCGGGGCCUACUACUUCUCCUUCACAGUGGGAAAGUUCCCUCAUAAAGACUUGUCCGUCAUGCUGAUGAAGAAUAGAAAUGAGGUCCAAGCCAUUGUGUAUGAAGAGAAUGCUGGAGAGGAGAGGAAGGUACAGAGCCAGAGUGUCAUGCUGCAGCUGGAGUUUGGUGACACCAUCUGGCUCCGCCUCCACGGCGAUCCUCGCUAUGCCCUCUAUAGCAACACUGGACACUACACCACCUUCAAUGGCUUCCUCAUCUACGCAGACACCUACGACUACCAGACAAACCAGCCGCAGCAGCAGCGCCCUGCACACAGCUCCCAGAAGCUUCAACAGGACAACGUGCCAAUGUGGAAUAGUAACCAGGCCACAGUGGACAUUGGGUCUGAUCUGAAGAACGCGGUGGGAGAGAAGGAGACACAACAGGAUGACGAGGAGGAGCAGGAAGAGGAGGAAGAUCCACGAUCUGCUUUCUCAGUGGGUCGCACUCGGAGUAUAAUAGGAGUGAAUCAGGCAGGCAUGCCGCAUCACCAGCCGGUCAGCUUUGACACAGCGUUCGUCAACAUCGGGGAGGACUUCAACGUGACGGAGGGGAUUUUCAUGUGUCGCGUUCCCGGUACAUACUAUUUCUCCUUCAACGUGGGCAAGCUUCCUCAGAAGACUCUCUCUGUCAAGCUAAUGAAGAACCACCUGGAGGUGCAGGCAAUGAUCUAUGACGACAGCCACGGAGAAAAAGCUCUGCAGAGUCAGAGCUUGAUGCUCUCGCUCAAACCCGGCGACACAGUUUGGCUCUACUCUCACCAGAGAGAUGGCUUUGGAGCCUACAGCAACCACGCCAAAUACAUCACCUUCACGGGCUUCCUGGUGUACCCGCACUUAGCCGCCAUCAAUGCCACUGGUCAGUCACAUGCAGAUAAGAAUCCCUAGCUGCAGCUUGGCUACAAACUAAAUGUUGAGGUUGGAAUUCAUGUAAAUUGGUGCGCAUGAGUGAUUCUUCACAGCUCUUCCAUACUUCCUCUUCCUGUGAAUUCAUUCGUUGUGCUAUCGAGAACUUGGAUUGAGAGCAGAUCUUGAAUAUGAGGAUCUGCUGAACCUGCCACAAAAGGCCACCCAAAAGGAGACUUAUUUACAACGCACCUCCCCCGUAUUUGAGACCUUGAUUGCUGAUGAAAGGCUGAAUAUGUCACGAUCACUGUCCAAACGACAGCACAGCUGAAUUCACCCUCAAACUGUAGUUUAAUGUCAUUGAAUGGUGUGGCACAAGUCCUGAAACUUCACUUUGGGCCAUUGGGCAUGUGCAAUUGAAACAAAUGUGAGGCAACUUCUUAAAGGGGAAGUCAAGUCAACAAGUUUCUUGACACUAGUGUGUUCCAAGCACCUCCAGUAGUCCAAACAUGGUAUUCUGGGGAAUAUUGCAGGAUUCAUUUCAUUUUGUGGAUUAUGAAUUAAACAGAAAACUCUACCUGUUUUUAUCCAUGUCAGGCGACUGCCAUUUUGCCUCGUAGUGCCAUUUGCUGUCACCUGAAAUUGACAUCAAAGUGCCUAAGAGCUCAGGUAACGACGCUAACAGCUCAUCUGUAUUCUGGGUCGGGUCAUGUUACAUUCGCAGUGAUGGGAUGAGAUAAGACAGAUACAAGCAGGUGGGGGUUUUCCUGCUUAAGUUAUAUUCCUCAAACACAAAAUUAAUUGGAAUUCUGUGUUUAGACGAGUGGGGCCACAGAAAACAAAUUGUGAAGACAAUUUCUGAUUUGACUUCUCCUUCAAGUUCUGAAACUGGUAUUCAACACAAAGAAGGACAACAUUUUUCUUCUACCUGAAAGAAUUCCAUUCUGACUCGUGUUUCUGCUUGUAAGUAUUCUUUCUCAUUGACCAAAUUGUUAAAAACAAAUACAUGAACUGUUUUGGGGGAUUUUUUAACAUAUUUGAUCAUUCUCAUUUUAAA